AUGUUAUUUUGGACAUUAAGGCGUCUUUUUGCAGAUUUUGUUCUCAGUCAUCAUGACACAAAACGGAGCUCCUUCAUUCACAAUAAGCCACAAGAAGAUGCCUUCAAAUUGGUGGCUGUUGAGUUUGGAUUCAUGUAUGAUGUGCUCUACACUAAGGCAACCACAAUUUAUUCCAGAUUAGGAAUCUUUCUUCGUUGCUUCUGCUUCUUCUCCCAUGUUUCUGUAUCAUUUGUCUUCUUAUUUGCUGUCGAUAAGCAUGCCUAUUCACCAAUUGACAUCUCCAUAACUUAUGUACUCCUGCUUGGUGCUGUUUUUCUGGACCUUUAUGCAUUCAUCGUGCUUCUGUUAUCUGACAGGACAAAACUUUGGUUGACCGAGCAUAAUUUUAAUUGCAAUGGUUUACUUUUUAACAACAGGAAGAGGUGGUCAGAGUCAAUGGGUCAGUUCAACCUAUUAAGUUUGUGUCUAAAAGACAUCUCAUCCAAAACUGUUAGAGCUUGCAAGUUAUUUGGCAUCAAUGAAAUAUUACAGAAAUACCAGUAUUUGACUUGGGAGGAUGUGAAUGUCGACCUACAAGAAAUGAUUUUUGAGAAGGUCCGAGAGAAUAGUAAGAAAAUUGAAGGUGGUCUUUUUAAUAUCAAGCUAUGCAAAGAAUUGUUGGCUCAGAGAGGUGAUUAUGCGCUUCGCCAAAACUCUUGUUUUAAUGAAUUUGGCUGGAGUACAAUUGAGGUAGAAUUUGAUCAUAGCAUUCUUCUUUGGCACAUUGCUACCGAUAUUCUUUAUUAUGUUGACUAUGGUGACAAUACAGAUGAUAAUAGAAUUCCGAUAGGUUGUAAAAUAAGCAAGCGGUUAUCAGAUUAUAUGUUGUAUCUUUUAGUCAUAUGUCCAACCAUGUUACCUAAAGGGAUUGGUGAGAUAAGGUAUAGGGAAACUUGUGGAGGGGCCAAGAGAUUUUUCAGAAGAAAAAGGAAGCGGCAAAGUAUUUUAAGAAAUGAGGCCUGCCAAAUGUUGCUUGAAGUGAAUACUGAUGGUUCACUACUGGAAGAUAGUAAGGAGCAUAUUAAGGGGGGUCGAAGUCUAUCUGUGCUAUUUUACGGGUGCAAACUAGCCAAGCAAUUGCAGAAAUUGAAGUCCGGACAAUAUGGUUGGAGUCAUGAACAAGUUUGGAAGAUGGUAAGUGAAGUAUGGAUAGAAAUGUUGGCAUAUUCUGCAAGUCAUGGUGGGUGGAAAGAGCAUGGGCAACAACUUAUUAAAGGCGGAGAGUUGGUCACUCAUGUACGUCUUCUAAUGGCACAUUUUGGCUUAAGUGAUCAAUAUCAAAUCCCGAAGGAAAGCGUGAGGAGGAAGCCGCUCGGACCGUUGCGCAGAGCGUUGCUCUUACUUGUUGAUGCUUGA